AUGAAUGUGCAUAACGACGUUCGGCCUUUUUCUUGCGACGAGUGCGACUUUGCGGCAGGUACGUUCAUUUAAUACCGAAUUACAUGUUGUUUUCUAUGUGAAUAUUUUAGCCAGCCAAAUGACUCUCAGAAGACAUAAAUUAAGAAAUCAUGUUCCCCGGUCAGAAUGGGGGUAUCAGUGCCCUCAUUGUGUGGAAUCUUUUAUGGAACCUGCCAGUUAUCAGCAACAUGUCGCGUAAGUGAAUAAGACAACAAAAAUUUUGGUCAGGAAUCGGCAUCCCGGGCUCUCAGCGAAAUUUGGAUGUCCCAUUUGUGAUUUCUCUAGCUAUUGUUCGCGGCAUUUCCAAGAACAUUAUGGUAAACACGCUACUGUUAUAGCCAGGCACCCAUGGAUAGCUCCGGAAAGCUCUCAUUUCAUUUUAGUCGAGUUUCUGAUUGAUGACAACGGUGGUGAGGAGAAUUGUAAUGUCUAUUGCAUUUUAGGUAAAGGGUAUUUGUCCAUGGAGAGCAGCAGAGAUGCUAUGCACAAAGAAUCAGCGCGUGUGUUUCAGAUGGACGAUUUGUAUGGUAAGUUAGUACUAAAUUUAUAUGUGUUUUGUUUAGAAACGUCUUUUUUUACCUCACAGUCAGUUGAUACAAAAGAAGUUAUUACACAAAAUCUGAUUUCUACUAAUAUGGAAGAGGCUGCUAUGAUAGAUUGGGUCCAAAACGAAAUUACCAUCGAUGCAGCGCUUCAGAAAGAUUGUAAGACAAUCAACGGGUUCCUUGACGAAGAUUUGGAUUGAUUUACUGCCUUUAUCUUGUUACUGUGAUAUUUCGUAGAUUUUUAAAUAGUUCAUUAAAUUAUGUGCCUUAAUUGAGAAGACGGACCAUAGUUGUUUUCAUCAAUCUAUUUUGGAUGGUCGUUUAUGGCAUGACUGACUCGUAUUUAGGCGGGAUGACUUCCGAAAAUGAGCCCUUUGAAAGAUCGAAGACGAUGGUAACUUUUUAAACACCAACCAAAUAUCUUUGUUUACAGAGUGUCACAGUUGGCAAUCCAGAUGGAGACUCGGAAGAAGAAGAGAUUGAUCUGAGGGAACGAUUUAGGGCCAUGGCAAUGGCAGAAGAUCAGCCGGUUGCUCUUUUCGUCGAAGAUAGCGAAGUCAUUCUGCCUUCCACAUCACAAGUUCCGCUUAAUGCUGUCCAUGAUUUAUUAAGCCAAGAGUUUAAUCCUCUACAUGAUGGUGAUCUGGAAGAACCGGUUGUGCAUAAACCUCCUAAGGUCAUAAACGGGUAUUUGUUUGGAGAAUUGUUGGGCGAGGGUGCUUACAGCAAAGUGAAAGAAGUCAUUGAUUGCCGGACACUGGUGCGUCGUUCUAUCAAGAUCAUUAAGGUUGGUGUGUUAUACUUUAUUUUUACAGUUUAGGACAAACGGUUGAGGAAGAUUCCUUUUGGAGAGAAAAAUGUGCAGCAUGAACUUCAUAUCCUUAAACAAGUUCGACAUGAAAAUGUGAUUCGCCUAUUAGACACGUUCAGAGUUGAAGAAAAAGAGAAGUUGUACUUGGUAAUGGAGUACUGCACAUGUUCGUUGCAGCAACUUCUCGACUCUUCAAAUGAGAAAAAACUUCCAGAAUUCCAAGUAAGAUGACGGAAGUUUUAAUAAUUUUGUUAAAGGCUCACGGAUAUCUGGUUCAGUUGCUUGAGGGUGUGGAUUAUCUACAUUUGAAGGGCGUCAUUCACAAGGACAUAAAGCCUGGAAACUUGUUGCUUUCGUCGGAUGGAUGCCUGAAAAUUUGUGAUAUGGGUGUGGCGGAGCUCUUGGAAUCCGCCGAUCCCCUUGUCGAUGAUUGGUGCUCUCUUUCGCAGGGAACUCCAAAGUUUCAACCUCCAGAGAUUGUCUCAGGAACUGUUCUGCGAUUCAGGUAAGGUUUUGUUUCCUUGUUUGAUGGUAAUUUUUUGGGAGAAUAUGGACUGAUUCGAAAAACCUUGAAAAUAUCUGCAGAAUCUUUGUAGGAAAAAAUAUGCAUGCAAAUUCCUUAUUCUGAAAAGGAAACUGCGCAAAACUGCGGUAAAAAAUGCUGUGAGUACGCAUACACUUUCUAAAGUCUGUCUCUUAUCAACGGACAUGAUUUGUUUUGCGGAUAUAUAUUAAUAUACCUAAAUAAUUUUUAGGGGGCGUCCUGUGGAUAUAUGGGCGUGCGGAGUAACACUAUACAACAUGAUCAGUGGGGAUUAUCCAUUCAAUGGAGACGGCUUGAUGAAACUCUUCGAGAACAUUUCUCAAUGUGACAUUACUUGGCCAGAAGACAUUACCUCGAAGCCGGAUCUUCUGAGCCUUUUGAAAGGAAUGCUCGAGAAAGAUCCAGACAAUCGAUGGAAUACCGUAACAGCUAGGGCUGGGAAAUGGUUCAAAAGAGAAUUCCAAGUGGUAUGUCAGCUUUUAUAAAUGAAACCGUUCUCCUUUUCAUAGACCGAGCAUCAAUUUUAGAAGUUGGACGAGAUGAUUCAGUAUGGCCAUCAAGAAGCAGAAGAUCAGCCUCAAAAUUGGGGUGGCCCACAAGUUGAGGAGUCUCCUGAUCCUAAUCAGUGCUUGCUUCCAGAAAAGAAAUCAGUAGAAGAGCAGCCAAGUGCUGGCGAUAAUAACACUCGGUCUCGCGGUCUCUUCAAACGGAUCUGGUGUCCUUGGCGUCGCCGCAAUUAA